GGAGUCACCUGGAGCCAGUGUUUACUAGAGUUUAGCCAGUGCCAGUGAGCAGGCACAAAUGCUUUGCUGUGAAAUGCCACGCAGGCAGAGAGUGACAGGCAGGCAGUAAGAGCAGAGCUUUUUCCCCUUGGAGGGCUGUUUCCUGCUCGGUUGGGGGCGUUGGUUUGCUCCUGCUGCUGCUGCUGCUGCUGCUGCUGCUGCUGCUGCUGCUGCUGCUGCUGCUGCCCGCCUCAACUUUCUCUCCACUCCAGGUAAGCCACUCAGAGGGAGGGCAAGCCUCUGUAAGAUGAACAAGAUCCGAAAGUUUUUCCGAGGAAGUGGGCGAGUCUUGGCGUUUAUAUUUGCAGCUUCUGUCAUCUGGCUGCUCUUUGACAUGGCAGCUCUCCGCCUCUCAUUCAGUGAGAUCAACACAGGGAUACUCAAAGAAGACCUCACGAGGAGGGAACAGACAGGAUUCAGAGUCCGGCCAGACCAAAUGGAGAUCUUUUAUACCAGCUUUAGAGGGAUGAGGCUGCCCCAGCAUGGAGUGUGGGGCAAGGAGAAGUUUAGAAAGGCUGAGGACCAUGUACUCAAGGUUGAGGAGAUUAUGGACCAAGGCCAGAGGAAAGGGAAAAUGCACAUCCGCCUGGAAAGAGGGAAAGCUGUGCCUUUGUGGCAUCUUGCAUAUCUGCAAACUUUCCCAGUGACUCUUCCCAUGCAGAAGACCAAGGGGAGAGACAGCAAGCCUGAAGCCUCCUCCCAGCACGUGAUGUCCAAGCAAACAUCUGUGUUAGGGUUCCAGAAGACCCCAUUCACGGCAUCAAGGGGAACGCCAUUGACCAAAAUAUCACCACAUACAGAACCCUUCCAUAAAAAACAAGAGGCUCCAAAGAAUGCUAAUCUCAGCAAUCACACAUCAAAGCCAGCAUCUGAAAGGGCCUCGAACGUAACCACCAGUGUCAAAACUGACAGACCGAAGCAGCAAUCACAGAUAGUGACAAACUCGAGGAUGCACCCACCAAUCCUGAAAUCUGGGGACGCCACACCCAUAAAGGAAACUGAGGCUCAGAGCAAGGAACUAAAACACGAAGCCUAUAAAGUGCUACCUCUUUUUAAGUUCAUUGCUGACACAGAUCAUUUGAAGAAGCAAUCUAUGAAUGAGGCACAGCUGGGAGGCUUGCCAGGAGAUGAUGGGGCCAAAGAGGCGCCAUGGAAGAAACUUAAUUUCUCUGAAAACCACGUAGUGAUUAUAACCAAAGAAGAAGACCUGAGGACAGGCACCAAAGAGGUGCCUAAUUCUAAAACACAAGCUGUCUUUCCUAAGUUACUGGAUGGAAGCCAAGGUAAACAUAAUCCCAGCAAUCAAAGCAAGACAUCUUCCUCUCCUCCAGCUCGACAGAGAGUAGGGUCUCAAGCCAAGCCUACCUUAGCUGGGGGACUCCAUCCAGCAAGACGCAACUUCUCCGCUAAGGCCCAGGCCGAGGGACACCAGCAAAGCCAUGCAAAUAGCUCUGAAAAUCCUGGAAGGCACCGUGUAUUAAGAAUCGACAUGACUCUUUCUCCAAGGGAUCCCAGUGCUCCAGGUCAGUUUGGGCGACCUGUGGUUGUCCCGCCUGGGAAGAAAAAGGAGGCUGAACGGAGAUGGAAUGAAGGGAACUUCAACGUCUACCUUAGUGACUUGAUUCCAGUGGACAGAGCCAUUGAAGACACAAGGCCUGCUGGGUGUGCAGAGCAGCUAGUUCACAAUGACCUGCCAACCACCAGCAUCAUCAUGUGCUUUGUGGAUGAGGUGUGGUCCGCCCUCCUGCGGUCUGUGCACAGCGUUCUCAACCGAUCUCCUCCACACCUCAUCAAGGAGGUUCUGCUGGUGGAUGACUUCAGCACCAAAGACUACCUAAAAGCUAAUUUGGAUAAAUACAUGUCUCAGUUUCCAAAAGUCCGGAUACUUCGCCUCAAAGAAAGACAUGGCUUGAUCAGAGCAAGGCUGGCAGGGGCACGGAACGCAACAGGUGAUGUGUUGACAUUCCUAGACUCUCAUGUGGAAUGUAAUGUAGGCUGGCUGGAGCCCCUUCUGGAAAGAGUUUAUUUAAAUAGAAAGAAAGUGGCCUGUCCAGUAAUUGAAGUCAUCAAUGACAAGGACAUGAGUUACAUGACAGUGGACAACUUCCAAAGAGGUGUCUUCACCUGGCCCAUGAACUUUGGCUGGAGAACAAUUCCUCCAGAUGUUGUUGCAAAAACUGGAAUUAAAGAAACUGACAUAAUAAGGUGCCCAGUCAUGGCAGGUGGAUUAUUUUCCAUUGACAAAAGUUACUUUUAUGAACUUGGAACUUAUGACCCUGGUCUUGAUGUUUGGGGUGGAGAAAAUAUGGAAUUGUCAUUCAAGGUCUGGAUGUGCGGUGGUGAAAUCGAGAUCAUUCCCUGUUCUAGAGUGGGCCACAUAUUCCGAAACGACAACCCAUACUCCUUCCCCAAAGACCGCAUGAAGACGGUGGAGCGGAAUCUGGUACGGGUGGCCGAGGUCUGGCUUGAUGAAUACAAAGACCUCUUCUAUGGCCACGGAGACCACCUCAUAGAUCAAGCGCUGGAUGUAGGCAACCUCACUCAGCAAAGAGAGCUGCGGAAGAAGCUGAAAUGCAAAAGUUUCAAGUGGUACUUGGACAAUGUCUUUCCUGACUUGAAGGCUCCCGUUGUGAGAGCUAGUGGUGUGCUUAUUAAUAUGGCCCUGGGGAAGUGCAUUUCCACUGAAAAUACCACAGCCAUCUUGGAAGACUGUGAUGGGAGCAGCCAGCUCCAACAAUUUAAUUAUACCUGGGUAAGACUUAUUAAGCACGGAGAGUGGUGCAUGGCGCCUGUCACUGAUAAAGGCUCCCUGAGGCUGCACCCCUGUGAUAACAGAAGCAGCAGGCUCAAAUGGCUGCACAAAUCCGAAUCCGCCUUUCAUCCAGAACUGGUGGAUCAUAUUGUUUUUGAAAAUUCUCAGCAGUUAUUAUGCAUGGAAGGGAAUGUUUCUCAGAAGACCCUGAAACUGGCUGCUUGUAACUCAGUGGAACCUUAUCAAAAGUGGAAAUUUGAAAAAUACUAUGAAGGCUAGAGAGGCAUAUUUAAUCCAGUUAACCCACUAGAUUCUGUGAAAAGAACACCAAACUUGGUGCCUGUAUUUCUCUCCAUGGUCAUUUAUAUUUUCCAUUUUAAUAGCAUUUGAAUGGACAAUUUUUGAAAAUGACUACAUUUGAAGCACCAAAUGGGAAACUCAGGGAAACAGACUUCCAUUGGACUAG